AUGGUCAAGGGCAACUGGCAGCACCGCGUCGAAAAGGCCGAGCGGCGCAAGGCCGAGCGCAAGGAAAAAAAGGAGCUGCGGGAGAAGGGCCUCCUCGUCGAGCCGCUCGACGUCCUCAACGCCCUCUUCCGGGGCGACCCCGACCCGGAGGUCUGGCUCGUCGCGCCGGAGCGGCCCAAGCUCUGCGCGGCGCACUUCUUCGACGACGGCUGCACGAACCGGCGGUGCAAGUGGUCGCACGCGGAGACGCUCGGCCCGUACACCGCGCGCUGCGCCGUCGCGGCGCCGACGGAGACGACGGCGCGCGCCGUGGCGCGGCUGGCGCGCGUCGACGAACAGCUCUUCCCCGCGCGCGUCGCGCCGGGCGGCGCGGCGGGCGCCUUCGACGCGCUGGCGGACGCGCUGCUGGACGUCGUCUUCCGCUUUUCGCCCGCGACGCGCGCCGCGGGCACCUGCCGGAAGCUCCGCGCCGCGUCGCUCGCGUCAGGCGCCGUGGUCGCGGCGAAGCGCCGCGCGCGGCCGGCGCUGCUGCUCGCGCGGCAGCGCUCGUUGCUGCGGCGCGCGAAGGACGUCGCGUACGCGGCGUCGGGCGCCGCGCUCGCCUUCGACGCCGGCGCCGACGACGUCUGGCGGAGCUUCGCCGGCGGCGCGGCGCCGCGGCCCCGGGCCCGGUCGCGCGGCGACUCCGCCGCGGACGAGGCCCGGCCGCGCGCGCCGUCGUCCGCCGCCGUUUUGGACGCGCUCGUGUCGAGCGAAAGGCCGUUCCGCGCGCUCCUCGCGUGCUGCCCCGACGCGUCCGCCGCGGGCCUCGCCGCGGGCUCGAAGGCGCUGCGGGCCGCGGCCAAGGCCGACCCGGCGAUGCGCGCGCGCCGCCGCCGCGGCCUGGAGGCCGCGGCCGCGCGGAAGAAGCAGGGCAAGAAGAAGAAGCAGGGCAAGAGCUCCGGGGGCAAGAAGGACGGGUCCACCUACGCCUCCUCGGAUCCGCUGCCCGGCCUCGAGUUCAUGCUCAAGUACCUGCCCGUCACGGUGGCCAUCGACUCCUGCCCGUCCAACGCCAAGACCCAGGGGCGAGCGCAGCUCGUCGAGCCCGGCUUCAUCUACGACCGCAACUGCCACAUGUACUCGUCCGUCGGCGACGCCGCGCCGAGCACGAGCGCCAAGGAGCCCACGGCGCUCACCUACGCGGGCACGCCCGGCGACGACUGCGCCUACACGACCGGCUCCGCCUUCGACGAUUCGUCGUCGGGCGACGUGGCCAUAUACGCGACGUACGCGAACAUGCCGGACACGUGCUGCAAGGCCUGCGCGGCGACGCCGGGCUGCGUCGCCGCGACCUACUUCGCCAAGCCCGGCCAGGACGCGCUGACCCUCGACGUCGACUUGGACGAAGUCGCGGCGGCGCGGCGCCUCCAGCCCGAGCGGAGCGAGGGCUUCGGCCUCCACCUCGUCGACGUCUGGUCCAGCGAGACGGCGGGCGGCCUCAACGUCUCCGAGGUCGAGGCCGUCUUCGCCGCCAAGGUGGCCAACUUCUCGUCGGGCGCCUACGACGCGUUCUUCGACUUCAACGUCGUCCUCUACGCCGCGGACCUCGACGCGUACGGCGACGCCUUCGCGAAGGACGGCGUGCCGACGCUGCGCUUCUCCUGGACGAGCGCCGAGGGCGAGACCUGGCACUCGCUCCUGGUCCACGUGCCCAAAUCGCAGAUGAUCCUGGAGCUCGUGUCCCAGAAUUCGAAGACGACGCCGACGCUGGCGAUGGAGACGCGCAUGAGCAACCGCACGGCCGUGCGCAUGUCCACGACGGUGAAAUCGACCUACAACAACCUGCUCUACGGCGUGGCCGUGACGCGCGGCGUCUCGGACCUCGCCGCCGUCGCGACGUUCUACGAGUCCGUCCUCGGCGCCGUCGAGGUCCUCGACGUCAAGGCGGCCGGCGUGGCCCGCAAGUGCUACCAGUGGGGCUGGGCCGGGAGCGACGUCUGCUUCGUCCAGCGCGACGACGACGCGAAGUUCACCGUCGCGGACCUCGAGGCGACGCUCUGGGCGUCGCACGCGGCGGUCGACACGUCGCCGUCCGUCCACGACAAGUGGGGCGACAACCACUACGCCAUGGACCUGCCCGGCACGUCGGGCGCGUCCAUCGUCGAGGCCUUCACGGCCAACUACGCGCGGAUCUACCCCAUCGCCAACAAGUCGACGACCUACGCCUUCUCCUGCGAGCAGCACUACAUCAUCGACCCGACGGGCUUCUCCAUCCAGACCGACCUCGACUUCAUGUCGGGCGGGACGAGCGCGUCGCUGGCCUUCGUCACGACGAGCGACACGCGCGGCCUCGCGCCGGGCCUCGUCGCGCUGCUCCGCGCCAAGGUCUUCUACGAGGACGCGCGGCUCUUCGUGGCCAUGGACGCCAAGCACCGGGGCAGCCGCGAGGUCGCCGACGCCGUGGGACCCUACGCGGACGUCGUCGAGGUGCUCUGGGUCGACGUCGCCGCGAGCCCGCUCCUCUCCGCCGUGCAGCGGUUGCGCUACAGCAACAACGACCGCGCGUCGUUCUACAAGACGCCCUGGCCCGUCGAGUGCUACUUCCAGAUGGUCGUGCCCGAGCUUUUAUGGGCCCUGGGCAUCGACCACACGGUCUGCAUCGACUACGACGUCUUCACGAACGACGCGCGCCUCCUCGAGGAGAUCCCCAAGGUCGAAGCCGUCGGCAUGAUCCGCCUCUACCCGAAGGAGUGCUGGCGCGAGUUCACGGCCUUCGAGAUCGCCAGCGAGGAGAAGCGCAAGUACGGCAUCGGCAACGUGCUGGAGGGCUACCCCGCGUUCCACGACGCGGCGCGCCGCGCCGCGCUCGUCAACGCGUCGCGCCCCCAGGGCUUCGCGUUCAAGGACGGCACGAACUACGGCGUCCUCGUCUUCAACAACCGGCGCAUGGCGGCCAUCGGCUGGACGGCCUGGUGCGCGAGGGUGGCCGUCGCGAGCGACGGCUACAUGUCCGGCGGCCAGGAUCUGAUCAACCUCGCCGUGGGGCGCCGCGACGUCCACGUCCACUACCUGCCCGCGCGCUACAACGUCCAGCUCGCCUACCCCAAAACGAAGAACGCCUGGAUGGAGGCGCCCUACUGCGGCUACGGCCAGGCCGUGCCCCUCGCCGCGUCCACGGGCGACCUGUCCGUCGUGACGUUCGCGCACUUCAUCUGGCUGCCGAAGCCGUGGAGCCGCGCGAUCGACGACGCGAUCCUGGGCGUCAAGGGCGCCAUCGACGAGGGCCACCGCACGGGCCACUCCUUCAUCGCCUUCGCGACGCCCUGGUGGGUGAACAAAUGGCGCGACUUCGCGCGGACGGUCAAGGGCCAGUUCUACGACCACGACUUCCCGCGGCUCCCGGAGUACGGCGCGGUGAACCUGAUCUGGGGCACGGAGUGCCUCGACGCGUCCCACGGCGGCUUCGACCGGCCCAUGGCCUGCGGCCUGCCGAGGAGCGAGCCCGACGAGCCCUGGCCGCCGGGCUACUCGUCGAACUACACGUGGCACCACGCGCGCCGCGCGCCGGGCAACUACCCCCAGUCCUACCCCUUCGGCAUCUCCAAGGACACGUCCAUCCUCCACGACGAACGGGGCAACAAGGUCGCCUACCCGGGCACCUAG